AUGACUGCCAGCGUUUCCAAUACGCAGAAUAAACUGAAUGAGCUUCUCGAUGCCAUCAGACAGGAGUUUGUUCAAGUCUCGCAAGAGGCAAACACGUACCGUCUGCAAAACCAGAAGGACUACGACUUUAAAAUGAAUCAGCAGUUGGCUGAGAUGCAGCAGAUAAGAAAUACCGUCUACGAGCUGGAACUGACCCACAGGAAAAUGAAGGACGCGUACGAAGAGGAGAUCAAGCACCUGAAACUUGGGCUGGAACAAAGAGAUCAUCAAAUCGCUUCUUUGACCGUCCAGCAACAGCAGCAACAGCAACAGCAGCAGCAGGUUCAGCAGCAUUUACAGCAGCAACAACAGCAGUUGGCUGCUGCGUCCGCAUCUGUUCCAAUUCAACAACCACCGGCCACCACUUCGGCCACAGCCACUCCAGCAGCAAACACAAGUACCGGUUCCCCCUCAUCCUUCCCAAUACAAGCUAGUCGCCCAACUUUGAUCGGCUCCCAACUGCCCACCACGACUUUGCCCGUAGUGUCCGCAAACACGCAACAGCAGCUUCCCCCACAACAGCAAUUGCAACAACAACAACUUCUGCAACAGCAACUCCUACAACAGCAACCACCUCCCCAAGUGUCCGUGGCUCCCUUAAGCAACUCUGCUAUCAACGGUUCUCCGACUUCCAAGGAGACUACAACCUUACCCUCUGUCAAAGCACCCGAAUCUACGCUGAAGGAACCCGAACUCGAAAGCGCUUCGACGAUGAAUGACGCCGGAGCUAGCGCUUCCAGUGCCACGGUCGAACCUGAAGUCAAACCGAAGGAAGAAGAAACCAAGCCGGCCAACUUGCAGCAGGACCAUUACUUGGUUCCUUACAAUCAAAGAGCAAACCAUUCUAAACCUAUCCCUCCUUUCCUUUUGGAUCUGGACUCUCAAUCCGUCCCCGAUGCCCUCAAAAAGCAAACCAAUGACUACUACAUUCUAUACAACCCGGCACUUCCAAGAGAUAUCGAUGUCGACCUACACAAGUCUUUGGAUCACACGUCUGUGGUUUGUUGCGUGAAAUUCAGCAACGACGGUGAAUAUUUGGCCACAGGUUGUAACAAGACCACCCAAGUGUACCGUGUCUCUGAUGGUUCCCUGGUGGCUCGGUUAUCAGACGAUUCUGCCGCCAAUAACCACAGAAAUUCUGUCACUGAGAAUAACACCACCACUUCUACGGACAACAACACAAUGACUACCACCACCACCACCACCAUUACCACCACGGCAAUGACCACGGCAGCGGAUUUGGCCAAAGAUGUGGAGAACCUAAACACUUCCUCUUCGCCAUCAUCUGAUUUGUACAUCCGUUCAGUAUGCUUCUCCCCAGAUGGGAAAUUCUUGGCCACAGGUGCUGAAGACAGGCUUAUUAGGAUCUGGGACAUCGAAAAUAGGAAGAUUGUUAUGAUUCUCCAAGGCCACGAACAAGACAUUUAUUCGUUAGACUACUUCCCCUCAGGUGACAAACUGGUUUCCGGUUCUGGUGACCGUACCGUUCGUAUUUGGGACUUACGCACGGGUCAAUGUUCGUUGACUCUAUCCAUUGAGGAUGGUGUCACCACCGUAGCUGUAUCGCCAGGUGAUGGUAAGUAUAUUGCCGCUGGUUCCCUGGAUCGUGCCGUGAGGGUCUGGGAUUCUGAAACCGGGUUCCUAGUGGAAAGACUAGACUCAGAAAACGAAUCCGGUACGGGCCACAAGGACUCUGUUUAUAGCGUCGUCUUCACCAGAGAUGGCCAAAGCGUUGUAUCCGGUUCAUUGGAUAGAUCCGUUAAACUUUGGAAUUUACAAAACGCCAACAACAAAAGCGAUUCCAAGACACCAAAUUCGGGCACUUGUGAAGUAACCUAUAUCGGUCACAAGGACUUUGUGUUGUCUGUGGCCACCACGCAGAACGAUGAAUACAUCUUGUCGGGUUCCAAAGAUCGCGGUGUCCUAUUUUGGGAUAAGACAUCCGGCAAUCCGUUAUUGAUGUUGCAAGGCCACAGGAAUUCAGUUAUAUCUGUGGCCGUGGCAAAUGGGUCUCCGUUGGGUCCCGAAUACAACGUUUUUGCCACCGGUAGCGGUGAUUGUAAAGCAAGAAUUUGGAAGUAUAGAAAAAUAGCGCCAAAUUAA